UGUGCGACUUUGAUGGAUGUGAACGCAGAAGCCAAGAAGACUCUGAUGUUAUAAGACUGCCAUGUUUCCAUAUGUUUCACAAGCAAUGUCUUCAAAAGCAGAUUAAUGAUAAAAUAACAGAUGUUCUCACUGUACCAAGCCGCUUCUCAAAAAAGUAAACUUCCUUACAUCGUCGUUCAAUGAAUCUCUACUUUCACCAACCUCCACCAAAGCAAAAAGUACAUCAAAUGAUGAUGAUAAUAGCAACACUAAUGACGACGACCACGAUGAUGAAAUUCCUGAAGUCAGCAGUCAUGACCCUCAAUACUAUGAAUAACCACAAUGGAAUGCAUUUAUAGAAAACAUGCUUGAUACCUUCCAAGUUCCACAGCCCUCUAUGUAUUCAGCUCAACGCACUUCAAAUUGUCAACAACUUCAGAACACUCAGUCCCAAAACAGUUCUACUCAGCAAAAUCAACAAAGCUCUCAACAACCUCAGAGAAGCACACCUAACACUUCAACAGUCAUUACCAUCAAUAUUCAAAAUGGAAAGUUCUGGUUCCUUCUUGGCAGAAAUAUAUCACAGUCCACUCUGAAUGGUAGAAAUGGAUCAAAUGCUUGUACUUUUAUUGCCCUUCUUCUUUCCAAAUUUUUUGUUAUAAAUAGAUUAACUCUUCCAUUUCCUCGACAAAGUCUGUCUCCAGUAUGGCAGUUAAUAAUGUUUUCGUGCAUCACAGAAGGCAAUAAAAUGCAUGAUCAAGUUACAGGUGGUUGUCCUGACCAUUUUGCUGUUACUGAAGCAGUUGCAUCACACCCUUUAUUAUCAGGAGGAGGAAAUGAGGUGGAAUAUUCAUUUGACAUUGAAUUUGUUCAUGGAAAUCCUGCUGUACCACAAUCUUCUCUUGCCUUUUUCUUGCAAAGACUUUUACAAGAAUCUAACAUAGCUGCCAUCGUGAUCAUCAAUGCCAUGUCCAUUUGCUUUGUUGGAAAAGAAGACAAUAUUCUCUUCAUGGAUAGUCAUCAACACGGGAACCAUGGUGCGCUUUUUGGCUACAGUAAUCUGGCAUCAUUAGAGAGCUUCCUGGUAAACAUAAAGCAACUUAUGAGUUGUAAUGUCAACAUGUGCAGUAUUACCUUUGYAAAAUUCAAUUAAAAGGUUGGGCCCGCUGUAAUUGGCUCUGCUGUUGCGGUGUCCCUGCCACUUUCUCAUUAUUGURUUUGCAUGUUAUUUAUUUAUGUUAUGUACUCAUGUAUUUACAGAUGUUAUUCUUGGCGAAGCUAAUAAAAUAAAAAAAUAAAAAUAAAAUUUAACUUACAAAUGUAUUAAGCGAGGCUUGAAAACUGUGCUAUUUCUGUAUGAUCAUUCAAGGUUGAAACUUACCUUCUUAAGAUAUCAUGUAAAAGCACAAACGGAAGAGUUUUGAAAGGAAAUGAGAUUUUGCAGAAAAAUAUGUGUUUUAUGGAGAA